AUGAGGCGGGUAGCAAAUUCACCGGAAGGGAUUCAAGCCAUAUGCGAAUUAGAGAAGCCUGGAGAGGCCUUUGAUGCAAAAGCAACCACGAAUGACGAAAAUCACCCGGGUAACAAACAGCUGGGUGAUAUUCGGGGAGCGUACCACAAACAUUCGACCCCAAAGCAACCCGGGCAACGUCCACCGUUGCAAAUAAGUCAUUCGAAGGAAUCGGAACCUACUGAACGUCAGGGGACACUGAAUACAAAGCAAAACACGCCAGCACAAUCUGUAGGAAGCCAUUCAAAUCUCGAUGAUGUUUCGGAGUCAGAAGCGGAGAGCGAGUGCUCCAUACGAUCACGAUCACAGCGAGACGCUCGCCGGGAAAGGGGCCCAACGAGAGCCCAGUUGUCGGCCAGGCAGUUUUUAGCCAAGAAGCUUCCUACAUUUACCGGGCGGCCAGAAGAUUGGCCGAUGUUUAUCUCAAGUUUCGAGACAGCAAACCAAGCUUGUGGGUUCUCUAACGUCGAAAACCUUGGACGGUUGCAAGAGAGCUUGAAAGGUCAAGCAUUAGAAGCAGUCCGAAGUCGCCUGCUAUGGCCAGAUGCCGUGCCUCAGAUCAUCGAAUCUCUUCGGAUGCUGUACGGACGGCCCGAGCAAUUAUUGAAUAUGCUGUUGGUCAAAGUUCGGAAGGCGGAACCACCCAAGGCCGAUCGUUUGGCGACCUACAUUGGUUUCGGUAUGACGGUGCAGCAACUCGUCGAUCAUUUGGAAGCAAGUGAUCUAAAAGACCACUUGGUAAACCCUAUGCUGAUCCAAGAGUUGGUAGAAAAACUACCAGCUAGUACAAAAAUGGAGUGGGUGCGCUACAAACGAAGGAAGCACCGCGUAACUCUUCGAACAUUAUCCGAUUUUCUGUCGGAGAUUGUGAGGGAUACCAGCGAGGCCACCUGCAGUGAAUCGCACAAUCCGCUUCUACACCCGGAAGAAGCUUACGCUGAUUGCAAUGUGCAUCGAUUCCAGCAGAAAUCGGUGAUCUUUCGCACGGUCCCAGUAACACUCUACAAUGGGAAGUAUGCGAUAGAUACGAUAGCUUUCCUCGACGAAGGUUCCUCAUACACGCUGGUUGAGAAUGUUUUGACGAAACUGUUGAAGACGAAAGGUGUUGUUCAACCGCUUCGUGUAACAUGGACGGCAGGCGUUUCUCGGGUGGAAAAAGACUCACAGAGGUUGAAUUUGUCGAUUUCAGCUCGAGGUUCCACUCAGCGCUUCCAGAUUCAGGACGCACACACUGUAGAGGAGCUGAAAUUGCCGAAACAGACGCUGGAUUUGAAAGAAGUUGCAAAUCAGUAUGUGCAUCUUCGAGACUUGCCAGUACCGGAUAGUAAACACAGCGUUCCUCGAAUAUUAAUUGGGUUAAAAGACCUUCACCUGUACACUCCACUCGAGACUCGAGUUGGACGCCCCGAUGAGCCCAUAGCGGUCAAAUCGAAGCUAGGUUGGACGGUAUAUGGUCCGAUACGGAGCGCCGAUUUGAAAGAAGAGUUUGUUGGUCAUCAUUCUUGUGGCGGCGUUUCCAAUCAAGAGUUGCACGACUUACUGAAAGAGCAUUAUGCGUUGGAAGAGGCAGGAGUUACUGCAGCACUACUGCCGGAAUCGUCCGAAGACCGGAGAGCGAGAGAAAUUUUGGAUAGCACAACGGUUAGGAUCGGUGAUCGCUUUGAGACGGGGUUGUUGUGGAAAGUGGACGAACCCAGUUUUCCAGACAGCUAUGCCAUGGCCCUGAGACGGAUGAAGGGACUUGAAAAGCGACUUCUAAAAGACGAAAUUCUGUACAACAGGGUGCGAAGCACAAUAGCUGAUUAUCUGACGAAAGGAUAUGCUCACAAAGCGACGUUCCAAGAAUUGCAUGAACAUCCAGCCUCCAAGGUGUGGUAUUUGCCAUUAAACAUCGUGAUAAACCCCAGGAAGCCGGAGAAACUCCGUCUAGUGUGGGAUGCAGCAGCAGCUGUUGGUGGAGUCUCGUUAAAUUCCCAGUUGCUUACCGGACCAGACAUGCUGACAUCUCUACCAUCCGUUAUUUGUCGUUUUCGGGAACGAGAGGUCGGGUUCGGAGGUGAUAUAAAAGAAAUGUAUCACCAACUGCGCAUCAGAAAAGAGGACCAGCAAGCUAAGCGAUUCUUGUUUAGAAAUGAUCCUUGUGCGCGUCCUGAGGUAUAUGUUAUGAAUGUUGCUACAUUUGGAUCAACCUGUUCCCCAUGUUCCGCUCAAUUUGUGAAAAACAAGAACGCAGACGAAUUCUUCUCACAGUAUCCAGAGGCGUCGAGGGCCAUAGUCGACAACCACUAUGUCGAUGACUAUUUUGACAGCACUGACACUGUGGGAGAAGCGAUAAAACGAGCCAAAGACGUUCGUUAUAUUCACUCUCGAGGCGGCUUCGACAUCCGAAAUUGGGUGGCUAGUUCAAAUGACGUCUUACGGGCGCUAGGUGAAGCAAAGACGGAACAGCAAGUUCAUUUCCAUCAAGACAAACAUACGGGGACUGAGCGAGUUCUAGGUAUUGUAUGGAAUCCGAAGAGCGACGAGCUUUGUUUUUCUACGAGGUUGCGUGACGAACUGAUACCUUUCAUAAGUGGUGAACGAUGGCCAACUAAAAGAGCGGUACUGAGUUGCGUGAUGAGCUUUUUCGAUCCGCUAGGCCUGCUCGCUCCAUUCACCAUCUACGGAAAGAUGCUGAUCCAGGACCUCUGGCGAAGAGGCUGCGAGUGGGAUGAGGAGAUAGACGAGGAAUCGAUGAUGAAGUGGAGAAAUUGGAUUGAGCGGCUGCCGGAAAUCGAAAGAAUCAGGAUACCUCGGUAUCAUUUCGUGAAAGGGCAGGCGCCGGACUACAGUACUCUACAACUGCACGUAUUUGUAGAUGCUAGCUCGAACGCAUACGGCUGCGUUGCAUAUUUCCGGAUUUUGAUAGCUGGAAAACCGCACUGUUCACUUGUAAUGGCGAAGUCAAAGGUAGCUCCGUUAAAGCAACUGACGAUCCCGCGCCUAGAAUUACAAGGGGCGGUUCUGGGAUCAAGGCUGAUGAACACCAUUAUGGAAACUCAUUCACUGCCCAUUAAGCAGCGGUUUAUUUGGACGGACUCUAGAACUGUUCUUUCCUGGAUUCACUCCGAUCAGCGAAAAUAUAAACAAUUUGUCGCGUUUCGGAUUGGAGAGAUCCAUACCCUUUCAAAACAGUGCGAGUGGCGCUGGUUACCUACUAAGCACAACGUGGCAGAUGACGUUACUAAGUGGCAUGCGGGACGGCGAUUUGAAUCCGAUACUCCAUGGUUCCAGGGAGCAACAAUCUUAAAUCAGUUCGAAGAAACAUGGCAGCAGCAACCACAAGUAGUACCGAACGUGUUGGAGGAAAUUCGGGCCGUUCAUUUGUUUCAUGACGUUUUAGUCCUGAAGCAAAUCGUCGAUCCUCUCCGCUUCUCUAAAUGGAAGGUUCUAGUUCGGACUGUGGCAUGUGCAUAUCGUUUCAUUUAUAACUGUAAGCGAAAGGUUGCAAAGCUGAGUAUCGAAGCACUUCCAGUAACAGAAAAGGUGAAGAAACUCGCGAAAGUGCAUCACUCUGUUGUCGCAGUACCAUUAAAGCGUGAGGAAUACCAGAAGGCUGAAUCCUACCUAUGGCGAGUGGCCCAAGCAGAGGUGUACGAAGAGGAGGUGAAGAUACUUAUGAAAAAUCAACAACUUACUCAUACAGACCAUUAUCGACUAGAGAAAGAUAGCCAACUUUACGACAAGUCUCCCUUCUUGGACGAUAGUAACGUAAUAAGAAUGGAGGGAAGGACAAAAAAUGCUCCAUUCGUUCCGUUUGAGUUACGCUGUCCAAUCAUUCUACCGAAGGGACAUCGCAUAACUACGUUGCUAGUGGAAUAUUUCCAUCAGAAAAUGGGUCACGCGAACACCGAAACGGUUGUAAAUGAGAUGCGACAGCGGUUCUGUAUAAAGCAUCUCAGAGCAGAGCUGAAGCGCGUAGUAAAACUAUGUGUACGUUGUAAGAUCAGGAAGAGCAGCCCAGUGAUCCCAAGAAUGGCACCACUUCCGGUUCAGCGUAUUACGCCCUACAAGCGGCCGUUCAGUUUUACAGGCAUCGACUAUUUCGGGCCAGUUCUAGUGACAGUAGGACGUCGAACGGAAAAACGUUGGAUCGCCUUGUUUACAUGCUUAACGACGAGGGCAGUUCAUCUUGAAGCCGCUCACAGUUUAACGACGCAAGCAUGCGUUAUGGUGAUAAGACGGUUUACUUGCCGGCGGGGAGUUCCAUUAGAAAUCUUUUCAGACAAUGGUACAAAUUUUAAAGGUGCGAGUAAGGAGGUUGUGAAACGGAUAUAUGCAGAUUGCGACGAGACGUUCACCGAUGCUACUACUAGGUGGAAUUUCAAUCCACCCUCAGCACCCCAUAUGGGCGGGGCGUGGGAACGAUUGGUACGCUCGGUGAAGGCAGCUCUCAGUGAGCUAGAUGAUGGGCGGAAGUUGACGGAUGAAAUUCUUCUUACCACGUUGGCGGAAGCAGAAGAUCUCGUAAACUCGCGACCGUUGACGUAUAUCCCUAUAGAGUUAGGAGCGGAAGCAGCACCAACCCCAAAUCAUUUCCUGCGCUCUUCUGUGGCGGGUGAUGUAACACAGUCGGUUCGAAAAAGCGAUCAAGCUCAGGCGUUGCGUGACUCGUAUAAGCGAUCACAACAUUUGGCAGACCAGAUUUGGAAGCGUUGGAUCUCGGAAUACUUGCCAACACUGAACCAGCGAAGCAAGUGGCAUGACGAAUCAGAUCCGGUUGAAGUAGGCGAUAUAGUGUACAUUGUGGACGAGAACAGUCGUAAAGGCUGGGUUCGUGGGAUCGUUACUACCGUCUUCAAGUCGAAGGAUGGCCGGAUUAGGCAGGCAUUGGUAAGAACAACAAAAGGUGAAAUGAAAAGACCGGUGGCUAAGUUGGCGGUGCUUGAAGUGAGAGAGCGUAAAUCUGGCGUUAAGGCGGAGCCAACACCAGUGUUACAGGGCGGGGCUAUGUAA